CGAUGAGGCUAAAAGGAGAGGAGGGAAAGCAAUAAAACACACGACAAUAUCCAGCGUCGUUAGUGUUGCAACAUUUGGCUUUAGUCCAGAGAGAGCGAUAGGAUGAACGAGACCUGAUUCUUUCCUCGUUUCUUCACGAGUUUGACACGAUGACUUUUUAUUUGGAGCUUCAUUUUAAAGGCCUGUACACCUGAAUGAAUGAAUGAAUGAAUGAAUGAAUGAAUGAAUGAAUGAAUGAAUGAAUGAAUGAAUGAAUGAAUGAAUGAAUGAAGGACAGAGUCGUUUGCUUUAAGUAAAGAAACCUUCAACUUUGGCAUCCAUUUUCGGGAUGUGAGUUCAAUGACAUUUGGGAUUUUCGCGGUCGGUGCUCUUUGGGAUCUUUAACCUGAAGAGUUUGCUUUGGAAUUAUCCGUGUUUAUUGCUGAACUGCUCACUAAUUUGACAGAUUAAUCAUGGCAGAUUAUGUGAAAGGUCUAAGUGCAGGAGUGGCCAACGAAGGGAUGGCUCAGUUCCAGGAAAUGAUGCGGCAGCAGCUGGAGAGCUCCAUGGAUGAAGAGCUGGAGAAACUGCUAAACACCACUGCAGAGGCAGACCGAGAGGUGUGCAGAAAAGACUUUGAGGGCUUCAAGAACCUCUUUCACAGAUUCCUGCAGGUGAAGGGGCCAUCUGUGGAGUGGAUCAAGAUAAAAAGACCUCCAGAAGAGUCGAUCCAGCCCUACGAUAAGAUUGCUGCACCAGGCCUGCCUAAUAACGUGGCCCACAGCUUGAACAAACUGGUGGUGGUGAAGCUCAAUGGAGGUUUGGGCACCAGCAUGGGAUGUAAGGGUCCGAAGAGCCUGAUCAGUGUCCGCAACGAGAACACCUUCCUGGACCUGACUGUGCAGCAGAUUGAGCACCUGAACAAGACGUACAACACCGAUGUCCCUCUGGUCCUCAUGAACUCCUUCAACACCGAUGAAGACACAGAGAAAAUCCUGCAGAAGUACACACACCACCGGGUGAAGAUCCACACCUUCAACCAGAGCAGGUACCCUCGCAUAAACAAAGAGUCCCUCCUUCCUGUAGCCAAGAGCCUGAGCAUGAGUGGGCAGAACGCUGAUGGCUGGUACCCCCCCGGCCACGGCGACAUCUACGCCAGCUUCUACAACUCRGGUCUGUUGGACCAGCUGAUCGCUCAGGGCAAGGAGUACAUCUUUGUGUCCAACAUCGACAACCUGGGCGCCACCGUGGACCUGCACAUCCUGCAGCACCUGGUCAGCCAGCCCAACGGCAAACGCUGCGAGUUCGUCAUGGAGGUGACGGAUAAGACGCGAGCUGACGUGAAGGGAGGCACGCUGAUCCAGUAUGAGGGGAAGCUGCGUCUGCUCGAGAUCGCCCAGGUUCCCAAAACCCACGUGGACGAGUUCAAAUCGGUGUCGAAGUUCAAGAUCUUCAACACCAACAACCUGUGGAUCUCUCUGCCUGCCAUCAAGAGGCUGCAGGAGCAGAACGCCAUGGACAUGGAGAUCAUCGUCAACCCCAAGACGCUCGAUGGAGGGCUGAACGUCAUCCAGCUGGAGACGGCGGUCGGCGCUGCGAUCAAAUGCUUYGACAACGCUUUGGGAAUAAACGUGCCCCGCAGCCGCUUCCUGCCCGUCAAGACCACGUCGGACCUGCUGCUGGUCAUGUCCAACCUGUACAGCCUGGACGCGGGCUCCCUCACCAUGAGCCCCAAGAGGGAGUUCCCAACGACACCCCACGUCAAACUGGGCAGCUCCUUCACCAAGGUUCAGGAGUACUUGACCCGCUUUGAGAGCAUCCCCGACAUGCUGGAGCUCGACCACCUGACCGUUUCUGGAGACGUCACGUUUGGGAAAAACGUCUCGCUGAAGCCCCAAUACAUCCUUAUCAUGUUACCUGUCCUGUCUGUGUGACCUGUUUGUCCAGUACCGACAGAUUGUGAAAGGCUGUCAGAUUGUUUGCCCAGUUCAGAGAGCAUCUGGGCUGCACUGCCCCCUGCUGGUGACUUAUUAUACCACCUUUCAAAAGUCUUCAAACAGUAGUUGUAAUAUUAGAGAGAAAAAAAAAGCUAAAAAUAACUAAUAAUAUACCUAUUUUUUUCUUCAAUUGUAGUUAUUCUGGCUUGAGUAGGUCAGAGAUUUAAACUCCCUUAAGUAGAUUUAAUAUUUCUUGUUACAGAAAUAAGAUUACACAACGUAUAAUCAAAUCUGAUUGGAUGAUCUUCAUGUUCAGCACUUACAGGGAGCUCAMUCAGACGUCCAGUUGUAAAAGCUAWGGACCUCUGAAACRGAUAAUAAUCACAUUUAAUGAUCUGUUUAAAAUCAUUAUUGCUAGAUUUAUAUUGGAGCACCUGAAGGCGGCAUGCUGUAUUUUCUUAUCUGGAUUAUUUGAAACACACGUAGGAAAUAAGGCUUUUGUGUAAUCUUGCUGAAAACUUUAAAACGGAUAAACAAGGUGUUUAUGCUUCUGCUUUGGAGAUAUUUACUUAAAUGUUAGUAGAUAAAAAAUAAAAUGAACAAACCGAGCCAAAUAAACUCCAAAGCGGACUAAAUGAAUGAGCACACCUGUUAGUUAAUCUGUUUUGUUUUUCACUGCAUUUACUACAUAAAGGUCCUCUUUUGGUUUAUUUUAAAUGUGAAAAUAUUGAAGCAUCAUCAGGCUGCAUGAACAGAGCUCAGUGCUGACUGAAAAAUGAAUCCUUUGUCUUUUUCCAUGUUGGACAUUGAGUCUGAACUAACCUGCUUUAAAUAGUUUGUGYUGAAGAGAGGAAGAUGAUCCUCAUGAGUUUGAUUCUGUUUUCAUGUUGAAACCACAAACCGAACCUUAAAUCUAUAACUGAAGGCCUUUUUCCUAAUGUCACAGAGAUUAUAUCAAUAUUACAAUAUUGUGCAUUAUUUUAUUAUAUUUGAUUGUAGUUUGUUUUACAGUUUCACCUUCCUCCAUCCUCUGUUUCCCAGUUUCCUCCUGUGUUUACACUGAAUGUCAGGACGUGCAGUAUUUCCCCGUUUCCCAUCCGGUCCGUGCACGCUACAUGUUUAGCGCUGUGAAUUUACUCGAGAUGGGCUCGACUCGCAGCAAUAAGUGUUGGAACUGUGACGGUAUGAAGGCCUCGUUCUAGUGUUGCCGCCUCAGAGCUGAAUAAAGUGCAAUAUGAAGAAGUGAA